GGCUCUUUGGGCCCAAAUCCUAAUUUACAGUAGUCGGCGGGAAACCCUUCAUCGCUGGGUUAGGGUUUAUCGUUCUUACUCUACUUUCGAAUUGUAGAUCUCACUCGGACACUAAGAAGCUCUACAAGACAUUUUGUAAAAUUUUCUAUUGCCUUUGAGGAUGAUCAAACUAUUAACUUUCGUUCUUCCGAGAUAUCCCAUGUGGAAAAUUAUUGGAGACCUGAACUGAAGAGGCUGAACUAGAUCAAAGCAAAGAUUGGAUUCGAGUGGAUUGGAUUUAAGAGGCAUUAAAAGUUCACAAUGAGUCGGCCAAUUGAAGAAGAUGUUGUCAAGACUGAAGACGAGGAAUUUAAUACAGGACCACUUUCUGUUCUGAUGAUGAGUGUCAAAAACAACACCCAAGUGCUCAUAAAUUGUCGAAACAACAAAAAGCUUCUCGGUCGAGUGAGAGCUUUUGAUAGGCACUGCAACAUGGUUCUCGAAAAUGUUAAAGAAAUGUGGACCGAGGUACCAAAGACUGGGAAAGGCAAGAAAAAGGCUCAACCAGUAAACAAAGACAGAUUCAUCAGUAAAAUGUUCCUCCGCGGAGAUUCGGUGAUCAUAGUGCUUAGGAAUCCCAAGUGAAAUAGUAGGCAUGAUAGCAUUGAGAAGUACAUUUUGUUAAUGGCAGAAACAGUCCCUAGUAAUACCUGUAAGCAGCUGAACUUACCUGGCAUGCACUCGGUUACUACUACUAAUUGCAUUAAUGACUUGAGACCAUAGAUCUUGCUCCACAAAUGUCUUAGAAGGGCUGUUGCCAUCCUUGUAGCUUGUUUAUAUGGCAUCUUAAUUUGUACAUUUUGUUCUUUGCUGAAGAAUUGAUUACUUGGGAUUGGACAGAUCUUUUGGUUAUCUAUAUGCAUAUUAUGCUUUUCAAGCUGAAA